GCGGGGCGAGGCGGGGCGGGGCGGGGUUCCCGCGCGCAGGAUUCAAACGGCGGCGGCAGGGGAUCGGGACGGUUUGAAGAGAUGGAAACCUUCAGGUCUCAAAACAACCUGCCCCCCAGGGAGAAACCCGAUGGGGGGACAGUGUCUGUCACUAUCCCAGCCUCUCCCUUCAUGCAGAAGCUUGGGUAUGGCACCGGGGUCAACGUCUACUUGAUGAAAAGAUCUCCCAGGGGUUUGUCUCACUCCCCGUGGGCUGUGAAGAAAAUUAAUUCCAAAUGCAACAGGGGCGGGCAAAACAUCUAUCAGCAGAGACUGAAGGAAGAAGCCAAGAUCUUGAAAAACCUCCAGCACCCAAAUAUCGUGGGUUACCGUGCUUUUACCGAGGCCGACGAUGGAAGCAUGUGUCUGGCCAUGGAGUACGGAGGAGAAAAAUCUCUCAGUGACUUAAUUGAAGAAAGAAGUGCGGAACAGUUGGGCCCUUUCCCUGCUGCCACGAUUUUCAAAGUUGCCUUGAGCAUGGCUCGGGGGCUGAAGUAUCUUCACAACGACAAGAAGCUGCUCCACGGAGAUAUCAAGUCUUCAAACGUGGUCAUUAAAGGUGACUUUGAAGCCAUCAAGAUCUGCGAUGUGGGAGUGUCCCUGCCCCUGGAUGAGAACAUGACGGUGAGCAAACCCGAGGUGUACUACAUCGGCACCGAGCCCUGGAAGCCCAAGGAGGCUCUGGAGGAUGACGGCGUGAUCACCGACAAGGCUGACAUCUUCCCUUUCGGGCUGACCCUGUGGGAGAUGAUGACCCUCUCCGUGCCCCACCUCAACCUGAGCGAUAACUCUGACAGCGAAGAUGAAUCUUUUGACGAGGAAGCAUACUACGCAGCCCUGGGAACCCGCCCGGCCCUCAACAUGGAAGAGCUGGACCAGUCCUACCAGCAGAUGAUCGACCUCUUUUCUGUCUGCACCAGUGAGGACCCCACAAAGCGUCCCUCAGCUGCCUGCAUCGUGGAAGCCCUGGAGGCAAGUCUGCCCCAGGAGUAAAAGCACCCAAACUCCACCCUUGAACGUAGAAGAGCAAGGCCAGUCCUGCAACACUUAACCUUGUAGUAGUAUGUGAAACCAGCUCUGUACUCUUAAAAGCACAGCUAACCUCAUUAAACACUAACCCCUGGGUUAAGGACAUGCCUUAAGUGACUGAGGCUUGCUCUGCUUCUAGAGCAAUAUCCCCUCCCACACCCACUUAAGUCCUAAAUAAGCUACAUGCUCUGUUUAAUAGUUUUGCUUUUAGUUGUCAUGGUAGAACUGCUUUAAACCCCUUCCCUCUCUCCUUGUGUUGAAUUAAUGACAGUUUUGUGACUGAGAUGUUAAAAAUAAAAUUUAAGAGGUGGUUUUCUUUUCCUAA